UCGCUAGUAAUAUUUAACACUACUCCGCGAUUAACAGUUGUAGUUUCAAUAAACUAGACUACGGCAAACAAUUGAAAUACAAAUGGAAUUGACCUUCAAAAAGGCACGAUUGGUAACUAAUGCAAACACAGCUGCAGAUCCAGAUGCAGAUGCUGCUGCUGCCGCUGCUGCUGCUGAUGUAAGUGAAGAUUACAGCGAUGAUACCGUGGAUGAGCCAGAGAUGGGCUGGUGGGCACUGCCAGAGCCUGCCCUCUUGCAGAUCUUUGCACAGCUGAGCGUCUAUGAUCUGCUCCAGGCGGGACUCAGCUGCCGGCGUUGGAAUGCCAUUUGCAACGAUGAUUUGCUGUGGCGCGACAAGUUCCAGGAACACUUUCGUGCCUCGCCAAGCAUACCGCUCAAGCCGGGCGCGAGCAGCUGGCGUUCCGAAUAUCAGCGGCUCAGCACAAAAAUUCCAUUUGUGCAGGCCCAGCGUCUGGAGCCGAGCGACGGUAGCAAUGAGGGCCACACACAUCAGGUGCUGCACGUGAGCUUUGCCCACAACGGCGAAAUGUUUGCCACCUGCUCCAAGGAUGGCUAUGUGAUCAUCUGGAACGCACAACACCCAUGUACUGAAAAAUAUGCGCACAACAUGAAGCAGUUUAGCUGGAAAUACACACAGUAUUCCCAGUUUAAUCAGACGGACACGCUGCUCCUGGUCUCCGGAGUGCACUUUGGUUCGCCUCAGAGCACUUCCGGUGAGAUCGCUGUCUUCUUUCUGGGUGCAACGGAAUCUCAUCUGCGGUGCCGAGUCGUCAAUCGUCCGUAUGACAUCUUUGGCACCUGGUUCAGUGAUCAGUAUCUGAUAUCGGGUGAUCUGCAUUGGCUGGCGCAUUUGGUGAGCACCUCGGUGCUGUGGCUGAACAAGGCCAAUCAGGAGGCGGACUCGGAGCAUGUGCCCAUCAUGAGUCAGCUGUACAAGUUCUACAAUCGCAACGCGAGCUCUGUGCGCGCCCUAAUGAUGGCAAGAUGUCCGUGGCUGGAUGACUCCAAUGAUCCGUUGGCACGCCCGCAGCCAGAAGAAGCCGCUGCUCCCGCAGACUGCGAUGAGCAACCCUCGACGUCUGCCGGUGCGCUGGCCGUUGCCAGUGGCAAUCCUCUGUCGCAUGCAGCCAGUUUGAGACGAACGCGCAGCGCUACGCCGGAGGAUAACUAUUUGCCGGACAUCAGUGAACACAGCCAGGUGCGGAGAUCGCGGGCACGACCCGGUCACACAACGGAUGCGACCAUCCACUAUCUGGAGGAGUACAGGCGGGCGGCUGUCACGGCCACGGAGGACGAUGAGAUGGACACCGAGGAGGAGUACGAGUCGUGCGAGGAAUACGAUGAGAUGGAGAACAAUGUGCCCAAGUAUCUGAUCUUUUCGACCGGCUCGAAAACAUUUACACCCCAUCAGAUUGGCUUCAAGCGCAUUCGUAACGUGUAUUUUCCCAAGAAACUGGAUCCGGGUCCGACGCUCAAGGAGCGAAUUGCGGCCAAGCGUGCCGCCGAGCAACAGCAGCAGCAGACGCCGCACAACGAUCCCGAUUGGUGGGAUUAUGAGUCCGUCAAGGAUCGCUUCGAUCAGGUGGACAAGGUGAUCGAUCUGCAUGGACAUAUCAUUGGCAUGGCACUCAGUCCGGAUCAUCGCUAUCUCUAUGUGAACACACGCCCGUGGCCCAAGAACUACAACAUCACCAAUCCGCUGGAACCGCCGCCAAUUGCCCAGGAGAUCGACAUCCACGUGAUCGAUCUGAUGACGCUCAAGCGAGUGGGCAACAUGCUUCGUGCCCACAAAGCCUAUACGCCUAGCACCGAUUGUUUCUUCAUUUUCCUAGACGUGUGCGACGAAUAUGUGGCCAGCGGUGCUGAGGAUCAGCAUGCAUAUCUGUGGGAUCGCUACUAUGGCAUCAGUUUGGCCAAGUUCAAGCACUCGGAUGUAGUCAAUAGUGUUGCCUUCAAUCCGAAAGACUCCCAGAUGCUGGUCACAACCAGUGAUGAUUACACCAUUAAGGUUUGGCGCUCCCGUGCCCAGGCCACGGCGUACAACAUCCCACUGAAUGUCAGCGAAUCGUUUGAGCUAAAGCCAAAAAAUUAAUUAACAACAGAAACUGCCUGAAGAAAGAAAUUGCAUCGAUUUGAAUUUGUUACAUAAAAAACAAUUCUUUAAUAUUUUGUUUCUUUUUUUGCAGAUGUCUAUGAAAGUGUACUAUAGAAAUCUUUAUGUUUAACAAACGAAUAAUACAUAUAUUAGAAGCUGUAA